GAGAUAUAAAACAUAAGUCUGCGCCAACCAAUUUGGAUGUAUUAUUGCGAAUAUACUCAGCAGUGCAUCGUAGUAAAAAUAAUACAAACCCUGCAAAAUCGAUUACUGCGUGGCAUCCCAUGAGCUCAAUGGUAUGUUGACCUGAAUAUACUUAACUGAUGCCAUCUCAACUGGAUAGAACAAGUUUUACAUCAAAAUGGCUGAUCAUCCAUAUGAGCUUCUCAUUAUUAUGGAUGUUAUGGACACUCUACCCUACAGAUCAAGUAAAGAUUUAAGAAAAAUUGCACGAAGAUAUUGAUAAUUGAAGAUAUCAAGAGGACAAGGAAAGUCAAAAUGAAUUCGGCAAAGGCUGUGCGAAAUCUGCUCAGUUCCUGCUCCAACCAGAAUGUCACAGUUUCCAGAUACUUUGGCUCAGUGAUAUUGAACGACAACCCUGAGAUGAGGCCAAUCACGUUCCCUGCCAAUGCCGAUGAUCUACCUCAAUUUGAUACGGUGCUGUUCGGUGUGCCAGGUCGUGGCGGUUGCAACAGCAACUGCAACAGGCCGCAGUGCCAAGAACAGGAACCCAGUAACAACAGCAAUGGCAAUGGCAGUAAUUACUACCAAAACGACAACAAAAUAACAUGUCCACCACCACAGAGGCCGCCACAACCUACCCAUUGCCUAAAGACCACUGCCUAUCCUCCAAAGAACAAAAACUGUCCUGGGCCCUGCAAACGACCUGGUGGAGCAAACUGCAAUGGGAAAUGAUAGAUUUUAACCAAUAAACACACUUUGUCACAAAAUUCUUCUGCAUUAGACAAAAAUUCUUGUAUUUUUAA